AAAGAAACAUCCUGACAGUCAGUUAUCACAUCCCCGUAAAGGAGUAGAACACACGUUAGCUAUUAAAAAGCCACCCAUCUUCACCAAAGAGAGAAAAAAGACCUCGUCCCGACACAGAAUAUGCACUGGCAAAAAUCUUCUGCUCCCGAACAGCAGCCGCAGCCUCGCCCCUACCAAGGUGUCCGUGUCAAAGAGCCAGUGAAGGAGCUUUUGAAAAGGAAACGGGGAAAUGUUCAUAAUGCCAAUGCAACGGCAGCUACAACGGUUGUUUUGCCUCACCAGCCUCUUCCUUCCUAUUCACCAAUGGGCCAGCCUUGCACUGAUAUGGAUGUUGCUGCCUCUGCAUUGCCUGUCACAGAUGAAGGACCACUCUGUUCUGGCUGGAUCUCCCAGCCCUCUCCCUCAUCCUUACAGCCUUUAACUCAGUGGACCACUUACCCUGAUUAUGUGCCCCAUGAAGCAGUUGGCUGCCCGUACACAGCAGACAUGUAUGUUCAGCCUAUGUGUCCCAGUUACACACUGGUUGGACCUUCAUCUGUUCUGACUUACACUUCUCAACCAUUGAUCACCAAUUUUGCACCCCGAAGUACCACCCCCGCUGUAGUGCCUCAGCUUGAGGUGACGGAUCAGCAGCCGCCUCUCACAUACUUCCCAUGGGCUCAGCCCCUCUCUGCACUGCCAGCCUCCACGUUGCAGUACCAGACAGCUUCUUCCACACUUUCUGGGCCACAGUUUGUGCCCUUGCCCAUCUCCAUUCCUGAGCCAGCCCCACAGGAGCUGGAGGAUGCCAGACGAGUCAUCGGCACACUGCCCAUUGAGAAGCUGCUUCUAGAAGAUGAAGACAAUGAUACGUAUGUUUUAAACCAUGCUCUCUCUGUUGAAGGGCUUUAAGUUGUGCAUCUGGGGCCUGAUCCUCCCCUACUCAAUACUCCAUCUGGCACCACAGUGAAUUUUGAGUACAGAGGAAAAGUAGGCUUGGGGGUGGGAAGUUUACUUGUGAUUUUGGAAUCCACCUUUAGCACACCAUGACUUGUGUGUUGUGUGAAACUUGCUUUGUUCUGAGGCUUAGCACAAGUUUUCUCUGCUGUUAUGGUUCCUGCUGCCUCUCCCAGGCAGGCUUUUGGUAUUGUAUAAUUCUUGUGCCCAGCAUCAGCACAAGGUCACUUUCAUCCUCACACAUAGGGCAUGGUCUCAAACUGAAAUAGAAUAGUGUAGCCAUGGCCAACUGUAGCAUUUGUUGAAGGUACACUUACCUCUAAAUAUCAACAAGACCUAGUUCAGUAGGAUCGCUUUUCAGAGCUCAGUGUAAAUGCCUGAUGUGUGUGCACCUCCCUGUCUGUGCAGAAACCUCUACCUGAUCUGAGCCACUAGAAAACAUUUUCGGGGUCUAAAUUGACAUUUUUUUCCCCAAAGUGAACUGUUCCUUUGGAAAAUAGAACAAAUAUAAAGUGUAGUUUUGUUCUGCUGGUGCUGGUAGGUGCAUUAGUUUGAAGACAGAAAGUCAAUACAGUUGAACUAAAUGUCAGUGCAAUCAGACAUCCCUAUUUACAGAGCAACAUGAAGUAGCCUAGAUGAAACACUUGAGUUCACACAAAGGUGUAACUCGUUCUGUAGCAUUUGAGUGUGAAGUCAGUGAUGUCAUGCUGAGCCAGAGAACCUGAGUAACUUCCCUUGUGCCUUACUGCUAUGGAACGUUUCUCUGUGCUGUAAUAUCACAGGCCCGCAGGUACACACAUUUUCUUUAUAGCUUUCUGAUUUCCUUCCUGCAAGAUGAGUAGCUUUACUUUGUCCUCUAUUGCAACUGUAAAUAUUAUUGCUGAUGUCCAGGAGUGCCAUGCCACAGGCAAAUAUAUUUGCAGAAGAUAUCCUUUUCUAUAACUCUUUAUUGUUUUCUUAAUAAACAAGGGUCUCUUUGAUGGUGAACACAAUUUCUCUGGGUUUUUCUGCUUUCUAAAGCCCAGGAUCCUCAGGUGACUUUAUUAUUUGCAAGACUAACUGCAAAAUAACUUACUGCACUCUUUAUUACCUGGUGUCCAGCACCCCUGUUGUCACCCAGGCAGUAUGUCAAGUGACCUUACACUUUAUGCCUGAGUGAGGUUUGCAAGCUCAGGUUGAAAGUCUUGAGGACUUUGAAAGCAUAUUUUGUUAUUUAAUAUUGACAAAUCUGGAAGAUAUAAUCAAUAGAUCAUGUAAGUGAUCAUAAAGUUGUUUGAAAAUAGCAGUAGUUCAGGUGCAUUGAAAUCAGUGGCUUACAUUUGCAGAAAAACCCAGCAAAGAAAUGAAUUAGAAGGAGCUUAGUUCAUCACUGCUUACUCCAGUUUUAUAAGUGCAAACACAUUCAGUAGGUAAAACUGGGGUAAUGUAGUUGUGAAUCAAGCCUGUGGUUGCUAACACUGCUUUUAAAUUUCUUUCACUCCAAUGCAUGUAAAUUCUGUGUGUGAAUAUAAACCAAUGAUGAACUGUUUCAGAAUUUCUUUCUGGGUUGUUCUGGUUAGAGAGACAACAUCUUUUUCAAUAAAGAUCUACAGUAACUU